AUGCCGCCAUCGCCUUCGUCAUCGUCAUCGUCAUCGCCAUCGCCAUCACCAUCGUCAUCAGCAGCGAUGCCAACCGAAAUCGCUGGCAAUCAAGAAGUUGCAUAUGUGUUCGCAAUCAAAUGCGAGAAACCCUACACCUGCCAAUGGCCCGAGUGUGAAUGGCGUUUUGCGCGCUCCGAUGAACUGACGCGUCACUAUCGCAAACACACCGGCGCCAAACCCUUCAAAUGCGUUGUCUGCGAGCGAAGUUUUGCGCGCUCCGAUCACUUGGCAUUGCAUAUGAAACGACAUUUGCCCAAAAACAAGUAG